CUCUCUUGAGUUCAAUUCGAAAACCUGUAUUACAAAAAGCUACAGUUAAGAUGACGUCUUGAGAAGUGAGUGAUACAAAUACCAUAGAAGUAAAUUACUCACACGUUUUGCUGAAAAAAAGUUAAAAAAAAAAAAAAAAAAAAAAAAAAAAAAACAGAUAACUGCAUGACUGGAGUUUGACUAAAGUCACUGGAUUUCAGUGAACACAGCGAGCAGGUAUAAAACUAAGACAGAGAAAACUGAAAGUUAAGUGUAACGGAAGCAGCCAUUACCAUGAAGACGUGGACUGUUAUAUUUUGUUUUCUUAUUACGCUCCAGGCAGUUUUGAGCCUGAGCAAGCUGAGAUGGUGUAUAACCUCAGACCUAGAACUGAGAAAAUGCCAAGACAUGGUGACGGCUUUCCGUGAUGCUAACAUCAAACCUGCCCUGGAGUGUGUGGAGGGGGGCUCCUCAGAAAACUGUGCACUGUUCAUUUCGACUAACCAGGCAGAUGCAGUGACACUGGAUGGAGGAUUUAUUUACGAAGCUGGGAAGAAGUUUAACCUCAAACCCGUGUCUGGAGAAGUGUAUGACGAAGUAUCACAAGGCACCUAUUUAGCUGUGGCUGUGGUCAGAAAGAACAAUACUGAAAUCAACAUGAACAACCUGAAAGGGAAGAAGUCCUGUCACACCGGGCUGAGCCGCACUGUCGGGUGGAACGUCCCUGUUGGGUAUCUCAUUGACAGCGGCAGGAUGUCUGUGAUGGACUGCAAUAUUCCACAGGCUGUGAGUGAGUUUUUCUCAGCCAGCUGUGUCCCUGGUGCCGGUGUUAGCGGCUACCCACCCUCCCUCUGCCAGUUAUGCAUAGGUGAUGAAAACGGGGGGACCAGGUGUGCGAAGAAUUCUCAGGAAGAGAGAUAUGCCGAUUAUAGCGGUGCUUUCAGGUGCUUGGCUGAAGGUGCUGGUGAUGUUGCAUUCGUCAAGCACACAACUGUGGCUGACAACACCAAUGGAGCAAAUCCAGCCGUGUGGGCCAAGGACCUGAAGUUAAAUGAUUUCCAGCUCUUGUGUCGUGAUGGGUCGCGCGCUGAGAUUAACAGCUACGCAGGGUGCAACUUGGCUAAGGUUCCUGCCCAUGCAGUAGUUGUUAGACCUGACACUAAUGGUGCAGAGGUCUUCAGUAUGUUGCAGGCUGGGCAGAGGCAGUUUGGUAGUGAUCACAAUAUUGGCUUCAAGAUGUUUGACUCCUCUGUCUAUGGGGGUAAAGACCUUUUGUUCAAAGAUUCCACGAUUAGGCUGAUUGCAAUUGAAAAUCAGAGCUACCAGGACUGGCUGGGAGAGGAGUACCUACAUGCUCUGAGUGGGUUGGACUGCAGCCCAGACAGACUGCCAGAAUAUCUGCGUUGGUGCACGCUGUCCCAUGGUGAGCUGUUGAAAUGUUCCGAUAUGGCGACAAGCUUUUCAAACAAAAACCUGAAGCCAAAGGUUCAGUGUGUCUCGGGGGCUUCUCCUGAAGACUGCAUGCAGCUAAUUAAGAAAAAGGAGGCUGAUGCAGUUACACUGGACGGUGGCUUUAUUUACACGGCAGGAAAAACCUAUGGCCUUGUUCCAGCUGCCGGAGAGAGCUACGCUUACGAUGUCCAGGGAGGUACAUACUAUGCUGUGGCGGUGGUGAAGAGGUCCGGCCCCAACGGAUUUGCAUUCAGUGAACUGAAAGGAAAGAAGUCCUGCCACACAGGCUACCAGAGGACAGCUGGCUGGAAUAUUCCUAUAGGAACUCUCAUGGAGAAUGGGCUUAUAAGACCCGAUAACUGUGACUUCCCCAAAGCCACUGGGAGCUUCUUCAGUGCCAGCUGUGUGCCUGGAGCCAAUCAGCCAGGCUUCCCGUCCAGCCUGUGUGAACUUUGCAAGGGGGAUGCUAAUGGGAAUAAUAAGUGUGAACGUAGCAACAACGAGCUUUACUAUGGUUACAAUGGAGCUUUCAGGUGUCUGGCAGAAGGUGGCGGGGAUGUUGCCUUUGUGAAGCACACCACAGUCUUUGACAACACUGAUGGUAAAAACUCAGAGUCUUGGGCAGCAGGCUUGCAUCACAUGGAUUUUGAGCUUCUGUGUCCAAACGGAACACGUGCACCAGUGACUGAAUAUGCAAAGUGUAACUUAGCUCUAGUUCCUGCCCAUGCAGUCAUGGUCCACCCAGAAACUAACACCUAUGCAGUGUAUGGACUCCUCAGUAAAGCCCAGGAUUUCUUUGGAAAUGACAGCAAUCCCAACGGAUUCAGCAUGUUUGAUUCCUCCAGGUAUCAAGGGACGGAUUUGAUCUUCAAAGAUUCAACGCUCCACAUCAUGGGAGUUGGAGAGAAAAAAACGUAUGAUGAAUGGCUUGGGCAAGGCUACAUGGCGUCUUUGAAUAUGCUGGAGUGUUCGGCCGCAGCUGUUUCCACCACCUCAGUUGUCCUCGUCACUGCUCUGAGUUUCUUCCUGACGUGUUACGGCAUUUGACCUAUGACCCCACCAGGACUGCCCGCUGUGAUCAAGAAAAAGAAAACCUCUCACAGAUCGUCUCUAUUCCAAUUCUGCCUGCUUGGUCUGAAGGUGUGAAACAUGGAUCACGGGAAUUCAAGCUAAUCCACACCUUCCUGGCAUUUAUAGUCCUGCUGUAAAAGCGAAAUGUAAAAUGCAGAAUUUUGAUACUUUUGGGGAGGAUCGCAUAAUUAAAAUCCUUUACUGUAGUUGAUCCAUUUUGGGGAAGGAGUGACAGGUAAUUUAAAACAAGUGAAUACAGUUGGAUGCCAUUUAGAGGUAGUUGGCUUUGAAUUAGUUACACGCUGCUGUUUACCCCCUUUUGUAGUGUAACACUGAAAAAUGCAUACCAGUGUGCUGCAGUAUCAGGACCACUGUGCACUAUUUGUUCUCAUGCCUUUGUGUUACUAUUGUUGCUUAUUUUCACAGUGUGCAACUGUAAUUUUCCACCAACCUAUUCAAAUGGCUGCCUAAUUAAGAUAGAUCUUGCUGCUCCAAAGGCAUUCAUUUGUAUCAGUUAAUGUUCACUCCCCCAUCCUCAGCUCUCCUCUUUCAUUAAAAACCAACUUUAGUUCCUAUGAGGAUGACCUGAACUCAAACAUGCUGCAGCCCUACACUCAGAAGACCUUUAAUUUGGUGAGUUCAGGAGCACACACCUUGUCUGUAUAUGUUCGUGUGUGUGUGUAUGUGAGUUGGGAGCAUCCCUAAUGCUACCUAUUCUUAUUGCUUACUGCAUAUUUCAGUCUUAGCCUGUUAGACCCAAUUUAUUACGAAGGCUAUGCUUAUUUCUUGUUUGAAGACAGCUGCAUCAGUGUGUAGUACUGCCUGUUCCAUUAACAUGUUCCUUCAGGGUUUCUAAAGGCAAGUGCCAUAUCAGUGAGUAUGCAUUGCCCGUUACAUAGUCUGCAUCUUCCUUUAGGGUUUCUAAAAGCAAGUGCCAUAUCAGUGAGUAUGCAUUGCCUGUUACAUAGUCUGCAUCUUCCUUUAGGGUUUCUAAAAGCAAGUGCCAUAUCAGUGAGUAUGCAUUGCGUGUUACAUAGUCUGCAUCUUCCUUUAGGGUUUCUAAAAGCAAGUGCCAUAUCAGUGAGUAUGCAUUGCCUGUUACAUAGUCUGCAUCUUCCUUUAGGUUUUCUAAAGGCAAGUGCCAGUGAGUAUGCAUUGCCUGUUACAUGAGUUUUUUCUUUUGAGCUAUUUGAUGGCACGUGCCAUAUCCGGGUAUAUGCAGUGUCUUGCACUUUGUAGCCUGUAACGCAAUAACUAAUGCCAGAUCAGUGAAUAUGCAUUACAGUAUUAUUCUGCCUGGCUUCAUGAUCACUUACCCACUAUAGGAACAGGCGCUACCUGUGGCUUUUUUUUCUAAAACGAUGGUGUGUUCUCCCCAAGCACCAAGAAUAACGCAGUUCAAUUAAAGACCAUAUAGCUUCAAAAUUACUUUUUCAUCUACCUGACUUCAGGAGGUGCUCUUUAGUAGUAGUUGCUUGCUGUAGACGUACGCUACAUAAGAAACUUUCAAAAAUCAUUUAUAAUGGUUGCCAGUGGCUCUUAGUGUACUUCUUUAUGCAAUAUGUGUGUACAACACAGCAUGAUCAUAGAAAAUUAACUAAUUCCAUUCAGGCUUGGGUGGAACACUGCAUUUUGACACAAACAUUGUGAAAAAGUGAUUUGUAGUUUUUUUGCAGAGCAACAACAGUAUAAUGCAAUUGUAUGAUGUACCAUUAAAGAGAACUAGCAGUGUAUGACACCUAAGCUUAUAGCCAUUGCUUAUGCUGCUAAAGCAGUGUUCACUGUAUGCUUGUCUACUGUACUUGAGUUCUGUUGUAAAUCUAAUCAUUGAGUGCUUUAGUGAUUGGGCAUGUUCUAUUGUCUUAUGCUUAGUAUAAGGUGCUCAGAUACCAUGUCAGUGUAUAUAUGCUGAACAACACAUUUUAUAUGACUGCUUGUACUGAGUUCAAUACAGAUUUCUAUAAUGAGAUGACCUGUAUUUUUGUAACUAAUAUUUAGUU